AUGGCCGUGUUCUACGACCUCGAUGACACUGACUGCGCAUCUGGAAGUCGAUCGGGCAAUGACUUGGGAUCUGCGCAAUCCGAUCCGCGUCCAUACUACCCUUGGAACCAGCUAAACUCAGUAUCCAGAGGAGCAACAGUCGGAAGCAACAGUAGUGGUGACACGACCACCGCCGACGCAGCAAACAAAUUAGCCGCUGCUCUAACAUGCUAUCCCGUCAACACAAGCUUGACGCAGUUUGCACUGCAGCUCAAAACGCACUCUCUGCGAUGCGUCCACGAUGAGACUCCGGUGCUCGCCGAGAGACUGUCCACGCAACGCGUCGAACCGCAGCUCGAGGAUUUGUUACAUGAUACAAUGCUACCUACAGGAGCCGCAGCCCUCCAGGCCCAAGGCCGGUCUCCUCCAGGCUCUGCCAUUCCUACGAGGCCAGAAUACAGGCCUGUUGGGCUUUAUACGUCGUCGGGAGUUGCAAGCAAGAUCAGUCCUUGUGCUCGAGACCUGGUCGCGCCGUGCAGGCGGUGUGGUAUUGUUGUUUGCCGGAACUGCACGGCCAAACCCCCAAGCAACAGUAGACUGAAAAACAGAUAUCGACGGCUAUGCAAGACGUGCUUAGAUGCACCCAUCGAGGCUCACCUGCAGCCUUUACGUUCGUCGCGCUAUGAGCCUGGAGCAACCGCAUCCAGUGCAAGUUCCAUCCGCUCAGAACGCUCAGUGUCAGGCUCAUCCACGACAAGUUCUGAAGAUGGAUCCGAUAGGCACGCCCCAGAACAUGAGUAUAACAUUACCUUCACUACGCCGGCUUUCUUAAGAGAGCCAUGCACUUGUGAGUCGCAUGGUGUUUGUCUCUGUAUGCCUUGUGCACAGAAUCUGGGCGCUGCCGAUACGACAUACCAGCGGGUGUGGACCUGGAGAUCGAGGUAUUCAACGCACAUCGGCGGUGGCUUGGGCACUGGGUUAGGGGUAGGUAAUCAGGGCCAAAAAUGCGGGCGUGGGAAAGACUGUCUCGAAACCAGCGGGAAAGCGGUGUGCUGGGUCGAGAUAGAAUGCUCUGAAGGCAAGGGUUGCGAGGACGCCGAAGGCAGUGGCAUGAGUCGGACUGGUACUCCAGACUAUGUCAACAACAAGCCCGGUUAUCUGCAGCAAGAAAUCGAGGGCAUAGGCGGGGUGGUCAAGAAGAAGGUCAAGAAGCGAGUCAAGGUAGGCGCCACGGUCUGGGAAUAUGAAGACGAAAGGGAAAGUGGCAAAUACCUGGAGAGGGAAUCUCAGGGCAUCAUGCGCAGCUGGUGUGGAUGGUGUGGACGUGUAUGUCCAGGGGCCGAGGACCGACAACAGCCCGUUCUAAAACUUGUCUCAGGUACAGGGUAG